AUGAUAAGGGUUAAUAGCAUACAGUGGGCACUUAGCACCCAUCAGCGAAAAAAGCCCGCCUGUAAUGGUCUUUGGGGUACGACUCAGGCAGAAGACUUCGGUAAUACAAGAACAACUUAUUUUUCUUCGGAAGCUAUUAAAUUAGCUAUAACAAGUUCUUUCAAUGGAAGAAUAAACCUGCUCUAUACAAAUAUUCGAACAAAUUUCAACGAGAACAAUUUCAUCUUCACCGAUAUGUUGGAUAAUAUUUUGGAAGAAAAAUGGGCUUUUCAACUACAAAUCGAUGUGAACAACGAAGGAUAUCAGGCAGUUGGCGAUUAUAAUCUUUGGUUCAUAGAUUCUUUUGAAUCAUUUACAUUUCUUGAACCGAUGAUACGUGACCAUGGAGGUGAUGCUCCAGUUUAUUAUUUGGUCUUCUUGAAAACACCAAAAACUGAUUUAAAUUUGGUUGAAAAGCUUCUAGCUGAUAUGGCUCUCUUAAAUGUUGUUAACGUAAAUAUCGUAAUAGAAGACAAUGCAUCCAAUGAAGUUAUAUUCUAUACAUACUUUCCUUUUCGAGCAACACAAUGCCAUUCCACAGAACCUCUUGAACUUCUGCGAUUCCACAAUUUUUCGAAGAUAACACCUCAAGGCUUCUAUCCAACAAAAGCUGAUAAUCUGCAGAGAUGUACACUUAAAAUUGUUACACGCAACCCCACCUUCUUUAGAGGUGUCAAACAGUAUUAUGGUCUACCGGAAGUUGGAGGCUUAGAGAUUGCAUUAAUUGACGAAUUUUCAAGAAGAAUGAAUUUCACGAUUCAACUAAUAGAACGAUUCAUUUACGAAAAAGUUCUAUUUUUAGAAAAUGGCACUAGUUUUGGAGGAUACAAAUUAAUUCAAGAAAAUGAAGCUGACAUCAUGAUUGGCUUCCACAAACAUGGACCAUUACAAGAUCAUUAUGUAACUCCAAGUCAAACGUAUUUCUUUAACUGGGUAGCCAUAGCUCUAUGGCGACCUCCGUACACGUUCCGGAAAUUUUCAUGGCUUUUUAUUCCAUUUCAAGUUAAAACAUGGGGUUGGUGUUUGGCCGUGUUGAUUUCAGCAACGAUUGGUGUAUUUAUUGUUAAAAAAAUGCCGUUUUUAGUGAGAUUCCUGCACCUCAAUCUGUAUCGAUCCAAGCUGACAAAUGUUGCAUCCAUGGCACUUGGCUUAUCAAUUGAAUACUUGCCCACAACAAAUUUUGUAAGACAAUGUUUCGUUAUCUGGAGCAUUGGAACUUUGACCAUUCGAGCAACUUAUGAGGGCAAACUCUUUGAUUCGUAUAGAAGCCUGACAGGUGCUGGGACCCCUUUGACAGUUCGACAGCUUUUAGCACAAAAUUACACCAUUUACUCUCAGUUUACCUACGCUUUUGUGCUCAACGAACUUGGAGGCAUUGGAAGCUUUAGCUAUCAAAGGUUACCAACGACAAAAGUUCUUAGCAACCGAACUCAAAACAAUGCUGUCAUAAGUUCUUUCGUCUAUAUGUAUGAGGUUUAUGAUCCGGAAGAAUUGGAAAACAUGAUCAUCGAACCUUUAUUUUAUGAACAUGUUUGUUUGUUUAUGAAGAAACAUUCGGUUUUGGCAUCGAAAGUCAAUGAUAUCAUAUUUCGUAUGGAAGAAGCUGGCCUUUUUAAUAGUUGGAGAGAACACUAUGAGUUUUUGAAGACAAUACAUUUUUCUUUGCAUAAGGAUAAUGUUCGUGAACCUGGACCAAUAGCUUUAAAUCAGUUCAUAUACACUUUACUCAUGUUUGCUAUUCCAAUUGGUGUUGCUAUUGUGGUUUUUAUAAUUGAGUUGAAUUGGAAGGAAAUUCAACACAAAUUAGCUGAAAUAAAACUCAGAUGUUAG